AUGUCCUCGAAGUACGUUUCAUCGGAGUAUGUUGACGGCUCCGACUCUGAUUCUGAGGUAGAGGUGCCCGAGUAUGCUCCACCUGCUGGCUACAAAAAGUUUGACCCUCCCGCUAUAGACACAUCCAAGUUCAAGCAGAAGGAACUUUGGCUUAUAAAAUGCCCGAAAGGGCUUGACCUUUCGAAACUGAAAAAACUGCCUGUUUCCUUUCAAAUUGGCGCCACAACGGACCUGAAAGUGGGAAAUUCCACGUUCAACCUAACGGAGGAUACAUAUCAAGAGGACAUAGCUGCACAGUCUGAAAAGAGCGAUUCAUCUAAGCACUGCCUGCUUGUCAACGGAAAAACUACCUCAGGAAUGAAACCCUCGGAACUCACCAUUCAAAAAUAUUACACCAUCUCCGAGAAAGUGAAAAUACCUUCCAUCGAUUACGAAAAAGCGAUAGUUGCAAGAGAGGAUGUGCCCAAGGAGGAGAACUUACGGAUGAGACACUUCCCCACUGGAUACGGUGCUAACGACUACAAUGAAGCCAAAGCAAUCCCCGCGGAUUCCCCAGUGAAAAGACCAAACAGAUCUGAGGAUCACAUGGAUGUGGAUGAAACCCCCAAGAAGAAGUCAAAGAAGGAGAAGAAGGACAAAAAAGAGAAGAAAGAGAGGAAACACAAAGAGCGCCUUUGA